AUGAUUAAUGCAUCGAUGCUGACACGUAUAUGCGAAAUUACGAAUUGGAUUUACGUGGAGAACACUACAAUGCGUAAUGUGUUCAUUAUUGAACUUAUUAGUAGCAUUAUUGCUAUUUUCGCUAUUUCUAUUAUACUCUUUGCCAUGCUUAUCAAUCGUACACUUCACUUUAAUAUGCGUUUAUUACUAAUAUGUUUGUGUGGAGCAUUUAUACUUACUUCAAUAGAUUCAGAGGUUACAGGAACACUUCUUGAUUCUGUGUACUACUUGAUAGCAAUUGGAUUGAAAAAGGGAGUAGAGCGUUGUGCAUGGUUAUUGUUCAAGAAAUCAGAAUGCAUUGCAUUACGCAACGUGUAUUAUUUUGGUGUAAUAAUAAUAUUUGUUUCAACUUUAUUUUUAUCAGUUGAGAGGAUCAUUGCCACUAUUCUAUAUCGGACUUACGAGCGUAUAACACGUCGAUGGAUCAGCAUUCUAAUGGCAUUUUUUCAGUGGUCAUUGAUAAUUCCACUGAUAUACUACCAAGAUGAAGAUAUUGGAUACAUAUUUCCUUACUGUGCCUAUGAACUGUUUAAUCCUCGAGCCUUUGCAAAUAUUGAACUUGGUGUUAUAGCUAUUCAAAUUUUUUCGUUUGUUACUACUAUAAUUUUAUGGAUAUACAAUAGUAAACAACAACUGCUGCGUAAAUCUCAGAACAAAAAUUUGAGUAUACAGUAUCAAUUACGCGAAAAUGUUUCAACAGCCAAAAUAAUGGUAGCAAUAAUUAGUCUAACAACAAUACCAGUACUUUCCAACACUUUUCUCUACUUUGUUUCACCAUACCGAAAGAAUGAUAAUUACUGGAAGAUUGUUGAAGAGAUAGUCGUGUACAGUUUUUUUGCCGAAAUACAGGCCUGCUUCACGUCCGUUACUGCAAUUCUCUUUGCUGUUGUUGUAUGCUUAAAAUGUAAAGCAAUUCAAUCAUCGCUCUUUCACGUAAUCGGUUUAACGUACUGUACCAAACUUUGGGGCAAAAAUUCUGUCAAUGCUGUACCAGAUGAUAUUGUUUGUCGAACAUACUUUGAUCAACUUCAUCACCAGUGGGGUCAGCACCAUAACUUACCACUCCCUUUUAGUCUCACAAGAAACAAUGAUUUACAAAGUGGAAUUACUCGGGAUUUAAAAUUUACUGCAAUUAACAAAUCAAACUGA